GCCGUCGCCGCCAUUUUCCCAGAGCAAGAGGCAGUGACACUGAGCGGGCGCAGGGGGCCGAAUCGGAGACCGUACCUGAGCUCGGGAGCGGCAACAGAAAGGGCAUAGACACUCUGAGCAGCUUCGCCGUGGCCUCUGCGUUCCUAUUGACUGCCUGAGUGCCCCCUCCCCUACCUCUCGGUUGCUGAAGAGGCUGCGCGCUGCUGUUUGGGGAGGGGGUGUGUGGAGCCGGGUCCUGUGUCCGCAGUGUCUGCUGUCGGGUGGUCGUCUGAUCGUGGAGGUGUGGAGAGACUGCUUGGUGGUCGAACAAAUAACGGGGUUCGGGUCUCUGGUGUGUGAACAGCACAGGUCUAUUCUGGAUAGCAGGUUUUGUGAAGACAUUUAUUCUUUCUUGGACCUCAGAUUUACCAGACAUCUCAUGGGUUUGUGGAUGCACUUAGAUGUUUGCAAUGAGCACUGUGGCUGGCAUGCCCCAGUGUUUUGGAUACCAAUGCAUAGGACCUCCAUAGUAAUCGAAUUUAUCAGAGGCGAACGUCAUGAGCAUAGUGAUCCCAUUGGGGGCGAUACAGCAGAAACGUCAUACUUGGAAAUGGCUGCAGGCUCAGAACCAGAAUCUGUAGAAGCUAGCCCUGUGGUAGUUGAGAAAUCCAACAGUUACCCCCACCAGUUAUAUACCAGCAGCUCGCAUCAUUCACACAGUUACAUUGGUUUGCCCUAUGCGGACCAUAAUUAUGGUGCUCGUCCUCCUCCAACACCUCCGGCCUCCCCUCCUCCAUCAGUUCUUAUUAGCAAAAAUGAAGUAGGCAUAUUUACCACUCCUAAUUUUGAUGAAACUUCCAGUGCUACUACAAUCAGCACAUCUGAGGAUGGAAGUUAUGGUACUGAUGUAACCAGGUGUAUAUGCGGUUUUACACAUGAUGAUGGAUACAUGAUCUGUUGUGACAAAUGCAGUGUUUGGCAACAUAUUGACUGCAUGGGGAUUGAUAGGCAGCAUAUUCCUGAUACAUAUCUAUGUGAACGUUGUCAGCCUCGGAGUUUGGAUAAAGAGAGGGCGGUGCUACUACAACGUCGGAAAAGGGAAAAUUUGUCAGAUGGUGAUACUAGUGCAACUGAGAGUGGUGAUGAGGUUCCUGUGGAAUUAUAUACUGCAUUUCAGCAUACCCCAACAUCACUUACUUUAACUGCUUCAAGAGUUUCUAAGGUUAAUGAUAAAAGAAGGAAAAAAAGUGGGGAGAAAGAACAAAACAUUUCAAAAUGUAAAAAAGCCUUUCGUGAAGGAUCUAGGAAAUCAUCAAGAGUUAAGGGUUCAGCUCCAGAGAUUGAUCCUUCAUCUGAUGGUUCAAAUUUUGGAUGGGAAACAAAAAUCAAAGCAUGGAUGGAUCGAUAUGAAGAGGCAAAUAAUAACCAGUAUAGUGAGAGUGUUCAGAGGGAGGCACAAAGAAUAGCUCUGAGAUUAGGCAAUGGAAAUGACAAAAAAGAGAUAAAUAAAUCAAAUCUAAAUACCAACAAUUUGCUCUUCAAACCUCCUGUAGAGAGCCACAUACAAAAAAAUAAGAAAAUUCUGAAAUCUGCAAAAGAUUUGCCUCCUGAUGCACUUAUUAUUGAAUAUAGAGGGAAAUUUAUGCUAAGAGAACAAUUUGAAGCAAAUGGAUAUUUCUUUAAGAGACCAUACCCUUUUGUUUUAUUCUAUUCUAAAUUUCAUGGGCUAGAAAUGUGUGUUGAUGCAAGGACUUUUGGGAAUGAGGCUCGGUUCAUUAGGCGUUCUUGUACACCCAAUGCAGAGGUGAGGCAUGAGAUUGAAGAUGGAACCAUACAUCUUUACAUUUAUUCUAUACAAAGCAUUCCCAAGGGAACUGAAAUUACUAUUGCCUUUGAUUUUGACUAUGGGAACUGUAAGUACAAGGUGGAUUGUGCGUGCCUCAAAGAAAAUCCAGAGUGCCCUGUUCUAAAACGUAGUUCUGAGUCCACGGAAAACAUCAACAGUGGUUAUGAGACCAGAAGGAAAAAAGGAAAAAAAGAAAAGGAUAUUCCAAAAGAAAAAGAUACACAAAACCAAAAUAUUACUUUGGAUUGUGAAGGAACAACACAUAAAAUGAAGAGCCCAGAUACUAAACAGAGAAAGCUUUCUCCACUGAGACUAUCAGUAUCAAAUAAUCAGGAACCAGAUUUUAUUGAUGAUAUAGAGGAAAAAACUCCCAUUAGCAAUGAAGUAGAAAUGGAAUCAGAGGAGCAGAUUGCAGAAAGGAAAAGGAAGAUGACAAGAGAAGAAAGGAAAAUGGAAGCAAUUCUGCAAGCUUUUGCCAGAUUGGAAAAAAGAGAGAAAAGAAGAGAACAAGCUUUGGAAAGGAUCAGCACAGCCAAAACUGAAGUUAAAACAGAAUGUAAAGAUGCACAGAUUAUUAGUGAUGCUGAAGUUAUUCAGGAACAAGCAAAAGAAGAAACUGCUAGCAAGCCAACUCCUGCCAAAGUGAAUAGAACAAAACAGAGAAAAAGUUUUUCUCGCAGUAGGACUCACAUUGGACAGCAGCGUCGGAGACAUAGAACUGUCAGCAUGUGUUCGGAUAUCCAGCCAUCUUCUCCUGAUAUAGAAGUUACUUCACAACAAAAUGAUAUUGAAAAUACUGUACUUGCAAUAGAGCCAGAAACUGAAACUGCACUUACAGAAAUAAUUACUGAAUCUGAAGUUCCAGCACUUAAUAAAUGUCCUACAAAGUACCCCAAAACAAAGAAGCACUUGGUCAAUGAGUGGUUAAGUGAGAAGAAUGAGAAGACAGGAAAACCUUCAGAAAGCCUUUCAGAAAGGCCUCUGCGCAUAACCACGGAUCCUGAAGUGUUAGCUACACAGCUUAAUUCUCUACCAGGUCUCGCGUACAGUCCCCAUGUGUACUCUACUCCUAAGCACUAUAUUAGAUUUACUUCACCAUUCCUUUCAGAAAAAAGGAGAAGAAGAGAACCUACUGAAAACAUUUCGGGCUCAUGCAAGAAGCGAUGGUUGAAACAAGCUCUAGAGGAAGAAAACUCAACAAUUUUACAUAGAUUUAGUUUAUCCUGUCAAGAAAGAUCCAGAAGUCCUACAGUCAAUGGUGAAAAUAAAAGUCCAUUACUAUUAAAUGAAAGCUGUUCCCUUCCAGAUUUAACUACACCACUUAAAAAACGAAGACUUUAUCAGUUGCUAGAUUCUGCUUACUCAGAAACCUCCACACCUACUCCUUCACCUUAUGCUACACCAACUCACAUAGAUAUUACUUCCACGGACCCAUCAUUUGCCACUCCUCCACGAAUAAAAUCAGAUGAUGAAACUUGUAGAAAUGGUUAUAAGCCCAUAUAUUCACCAGUUACCCCAGUAACUCCUGGCACACCAGGAAAUACCAUGCACUUUGAGAAUAUUUCUUCCCCAGAAAGUUCUCCAGAAAUUAAGAGACGCACUUAUAGUCAAGAGGGAUAUGACAGACCUUCAACCAUGUUAACAUUGGGGCCUUUUAGAAAUUCUAAUUUAACUGAACUGGGUCUGCAAGAAAUAAAGACUAUUGGUUAUACCAGCCCUAGGAGUAGGACUGAAGUGAACAGGCAGUGCCCUGGAGAAAAGGAAUCUGUCUCAGACCUUCAACUGGGACUUGAUGCAAUCGAGCAAACUGCCUUACAUAAAAGCAUGGAAACACCUACACAUGACAGGACUGAUUCUAACAGCCAACUGGAAUCUACUCACUCUGGACGGGGCACAAUAUAUUCUUCCUGGGUAAAGAGUCCUGACAGAACAGGCGUUAACUUCUCAGUAAACUCUAACUUGAGGGACCUGACACCCUCACAUCAGUUGGAGGUUGGAGGAGGCUUCCGAAUAAGUGAGUCAAAGUGCCUGAUGCAGGAUGAUACUAGAGGCAUGUUUAUGGAAACACCUGUGUUUUGUACUUCAGAAGAUGGGCUUGUAUCUGGUUUCGGACGGACUGUUAAUGACAAUUUGAUCGACGGAAGUUGCACUCCCCAGAAUCCACCACAAAAGAAAAAGGUUUCUCUGUUAGAAUACCGUAAAAGACAACGUGAAGCUAGGAAAAGUGGCUCUAAGACAGAACACUUUCCAUUGGUUAGUGUAUCACCUCAAGCAAGUGGAAACUUGAGCAACAAUGGUGAUGGGUGUGCCACCAGGAGUGAAAAUGGGGAGCAGAUAGAAAGCAGUGCUGGCCUACCUUUACCAACACCAGCUACAGUUUAUAAUGCUUCUUCAGAAGAAACCAGCAAUAACUGUGCAGUUAAGGAAGUUUCUGCCACUGAGAAGAAUGAACCAGAAGUUCAGUGGACUGCCUCAACUUCAGUGGAGCAGGUGAGAGAAAGGAGUUACCAGAGAGCUUUACUCCUCAGUGAUCACCGAAAAGAUAAGGAUAGUGGGGGAGAAUCACCAUGUGUCCCAUGUUCACCGAGUCAUGUUCUGUCUUCACCUUCAUCUCAUUCAAAUCACAUUCCCCAGUUGCAAUCCAAGGGCCCAGUCCCUUCUUUCAGUGAACUAAUGGAAGAUCCUGAUCCUGAAAACCUAGAACCCAUGACUGUAAAUGAAUGUCCAUCCCCAGAUAUUUCUCAAAAUACUUGUAAAAGCCCUCCAAAAAUGAGCAAGCCUGGUUCACCGGGACCUGUAAUUCCUGUUCAACCACAUGGGAAAAUACUCACAAAAUCAGAUUCCCAGUGGGAGGCAACAGGUAUUGUGGCAGAAGCUGAGAAUGGUGUUCACCUGAAAACAGAACUCCAACAAAAACAGCUAUUAAAUAAUACCCAAGCACUUUCAAAGAAUCAUCCUCCUCAGCCACUUGCUCGUAAUUCAUCGGAGCAGCUUUCACAAAAGCUGUCCUCUGCACCAGUGAAGUUGCACUGUCCUCCAUCACCUCAUGUAGAAAACCCUCCAAAGUCAUCUACGCCUCAUACCCCUGUCCAGCACGGUUAUCUUUCACCAAAGCCUCCUUCACAGCAGUUAGGAUCUCCCUACCGGCCUCACCAUUCACAAUCACCUCAAGUUGGAACACCUCAGCGAGAGCCUCAGAGGAACUUUUAUCCUGCAGCACAGAACCUUCAAACCAACACUCAGCAGGCAACUUCUGGAGCGUUAUUUACACAGACACCCUCAGGACAAUCUUCGGCAACCUACAGUCCGUUUAACCAACAAAGUCUGAACAACACAGCACCACCCCCUCCACCCCCUCCGCCUCCUUCUUCCUAUUAUCAAAACCAGCAGCCCUCUGCAAACUUUCAGAAUUAUAAUCAGCUUAAAGGUAGUCUUUCCCAACAAACUGUGUUUACAUCAGGACCAAAUCAAGCACUUCCUGGCACCACAAGCCAGCAAACAGUUCCAGGACACCAUGUCACUCCAGGGCAUUUUUUGCCUUCUCAGAACCCUACUAUUCACCAUCCAACUUCCGCUGCUGUCGUCCCACCCCCUCCUCCACCUCCACCUGCUCCAGGACCACACCUUGUACAACAGCCAAGUUCCCAUCAGCAACACUCUGUAGCACAUGUAGUAGGGCCUGUUCAUGCUGUCACCCCUGGGUCACAUAUUCAUGCUCAAACUGCUGGACACCAUUUGCCACCACCCCCUCCACCUCCUGGUCCUGCCCCUCAUCACCAUCCACCACCCCAUCCUUCCACAGGACUCCAAGGUCUACAAGCACAACACCAGCAUGUUGUAAAUUCAGCACCACCCCCACCACCACCUCCUCCGCCUUCCAGUGUUUUGGCUUCUGGGCAUCAUACCACAUCAGCUCAAGCCUUACACCAUCCACCUCAUCAAGGACCUCCACUUUUUCCUUCAAGUGCUCAUCCAGCUGUACCACCGUAUCCCUCACAGGCUACACAUCACACCACUUUGGGACCGGGAGCCCAACACCAGCCUUCUGGAACAGGGCCACAUUGUCCAUUACCAGUCGCAGGUCCUCAUCUCCAGCCCCAAGGACCAAACAGUAUUCCAACACCUGCUUCAGGGUUCUGUCCUCAUCCUGGCUCUGUGGCUCUGCCACACGGGGUUCAAGGACCUCAGCAGGCAUCUCCAGUGCCUGGACAGAUUCCAGUUCACAGAGCACAGGUGCCACCAACAUUUCAGAACAAUUACCAUGGUUCAGGGUGGCAUUAAAAUGGACUCCCAAAAACAUUUUUUAAAAAUGUUCCUGUAAGAUAAACUGUAUAUUUCAUAUGUACCUGUUAAGGUACUUUUUAAAGCUUGUACAUGAAACUUUGUAUUAAAACAAAUGAAAAACAAACACCAGUGCUCUUUCAUUGUAUCUUUCCCAUUUUUGCUUUUUCAAAUUCCUUUAAAAAUGUGCUAUUAAGCCAGUAUUAGGUAUCUUUAUUUUGUAAGCGAACAUUCCAGCUGUUUUCCUGGCAGAAUUGAUGCUACAUGAUUAAGUUCUGUUGCAGUUAAAUUCAUUUAGUGAAUGUUUUCUAUAUUAUUUUAUACAUAUGCAUUAAGUACAGAGCUAAGCAAUGGCAGUAUGAGGAUUUUCUUUUUUUCCUUCAGCAAUUCUGUGAGUGCAUCUUAGAUAUGAAAAAUGCAAUACAAAUUUUUAUAGUUUGGUGUGAACAUGGCUCUUUUUGUUUUAUCAGUUAUUUGCAAGCAAAAUGUAAUUUAAUGUAUAGAUGAUUUUUAAUGUCUUCUGACAAACUGUAAAUACUGCAUUUCCUUUGCGUAUAUAAUUGCUUACAGCUUUUUUCAUUUGAUAUAUAGCAUUGUACAUAUUACAAGUCUUUGCAAAACUGUGUGAUCUUUGUGAAAGUAGUACAGUAUAUGGCCUUCAAUUUUUUUAAUUUUAAAUAUACUGUCACACUGAAGCACUGGUUGGGCAUUUUAAUUCAUGUUAAUAAAUCACAAUUAUGUCAGUUUUACCAAAUUGUCUUGUACAGCUUCUGAGAUUGGGGUCUGUUUAAGCAAGUGCUUUUAUGAAAGUUUUCUUUUUUUGGAUACAGUUUAUAAGUAGCCUUCCAUUUUCUUUAGCAGCUACUACCUCAGGUGGACUGUAGCAAGAUCAGGAGGAAGUAAGGACUGUUGUGUAAUGUCCCUGCUUGUCAUUCCUGCAGGAGCAAGAAACAGGAAACAUGUAAAUGCUCCAUAUGUCUGCCCUCAUGCAAAAUGAACCCAUACCAUUAAAGCAUCACACAAGAUAUAGUUACACAUCUCAAUUUACACCAACUGUUUGACAAUAUUGAGUACCUGUCUAAAUACACAGGAACAUCUAAUUUGUACGUUUUAAAACAUGUCCUGUUCGUUAAUCAAAAUUGUUUAAAACCUUAAAUUAACAUUUACUGUCUAGCUAUGACGUCUGAAAAAAAGGACAUUUAAAAAAAUUGGGUAUACAAAACUGAAGUGUAAAGGCAUUAUUCUUAGAUCUUUCAAGUGAAAUGAAAAUGGCCUCACAAGUGAAUUUUACUGCUGAAAUAUAAAAUGUUAGUAAUUUUGGUAAAAUAAAAAAAUUCUUUUGUCCUCAGGAGGAUUAAGUAUAACUAAUAGUAAUGGCACUAUUUGUGAACACUUUUUUCAUCAUCCAGUUACUUGACACAAUUUUGCACAGUAUACAAAUACUGUGCACUGUAGAAGAAAAAAGUCAGCAGACUAAAAUGACUAGGAUUUGGCAGUAAUGUAAUGUUUUACACUUCAAAGCUUCAUUUCCUUUUGGAAAUUAGCCUAUGAUAGUACAUUAGUACAGCUGCAUUUAGGGAUCAAUCCUAAUCAGCUUCAAGUUUUAAAAGAAUGUGGGUUAACCUUACCAUCAUUGCCUUUAUCAAACAAAAGUCUACUUUAUCAAAAGAAACACUUGGCCAAGAGGAAAUGGCUCCAUAUCACCCAUCCUGAUAGUUUCUGACACUGUACAGCUAAGUUAACUAGGCAAAGUGAAGUAUCAAUAUUCAUCUCUUUAAAGGAUUUAUUCCUCACAAAUUUGCCUACUACAUAAAUAAUAUAUGCAGAAUCUCUUCUGUUAACUGCAGAUUUUUAUUUAAUUCUUUCACUCCAUAAUACUGUCCUUUACC